AGAUGGCGGAGUGUGGAGUUUGACAGCGCGCGCGAGAGAGAGCGAGCGCGAGCCAGGGGCAGCGGGGGAAUUAAAAACGGCCAAACCGUCACCACACCAUCGGCGCAACGGACACCGGACCGUUCGAUCGGCCGGCUGGCCGAUUGCUGCAUUUGACAGAGCUUGUGCCAUUUUGUAAUCCAGCUUCAGGUCGAUGAAUUGAAGACAGCUGAUUUUACAUUAAUAUAUAAAGCUGGGGCACCAGAGUUUGAAGAAUUAAUUGUGCCUGAUGUGGGAAGAGAUGCCAGCCUAAUGUAGAAAACCAAGAGUAUUCGUAUUAUCUUCAGUCUCAGCAGGAUCUUCUCAUUUUUGUUGUAAACAAACAGAUAUUGUGUGGCAGGGAUUUGCAGUGAGACCAGGUGAAUCAUGAGCUCUCCAGAUAACACAGUCUUGAAGCUUAAAACUCGAGAGAAAUGCUUGAUGUUUGUGCUGCAAUGAGAUGUUUUACAUAUGGUGUAUCUGGACAAGAGCAGCCCCUAGAAUUGUUGCCACAAAGUCGGGUGCACACUAUGCCAACAUCAGCUGUUGAAGUUAAAUCUUCCCUGCCUGUGACUAUGCAGACUGCUACUCCAGUUGACCUGCGGACAGACCCCAGAAUCCCAAUCCCAACUGUGGACCCCCUUCUUCGUGAGCAGCAGCUACAACAUGAACUGCUGAUGCUGAAGCAGCAGCAACAGAUCCAGAAACAACUAUUAUUUGCUGAGUUCCAGAAACAGCAUGAACACCUGACAAGGCAGCAUGAGGUUCAGAUUCAGGAACACCUAAAGCAACAACAGGAGAUCCUAGCAGUGAAGCGUCAGCAAGAAUUGGAACAACAACGCAAACUUGAACAGCAACGACAUGAAGAGUUGGAAAAACAGAGACUGGAACAACAAUUGCUUAUGCUUCGAAACAAAGAGAAAGGCAAGGAAAGUGCAAUAGCUAGUACAGAGGUAAAAUUAAAACUUCAGGAGUUCCUGCUAAGUAAAACUGCUUCGAAGGAUUCUGUGACCAGUGGAUUAAAUCAUUCCCUCCCUCAGCAUCCCAAAAGCUGGGGAGCCCACCAUGCAUCACUGGAACAAAGCUCCCCACCCCAGAGUACAACUCCUCCCACCUACAAAGUCCCACUGCUAGGAUCAUAUGAUGGAAAAGAUGAUUUUCCGCUCCGAAAAACUGCUUCUGAACCCAAUUUGAAGGUACGUUCCAGAUUAAAACAGAAGGUGGCUGAGAGGAGAAGCAGCCCAUUAUUGAGGAGAAAAGAUGGCACAAUAAUUAGCACAUUCAAGAAGAGAGCUAUAGAAAUCACAGUUUCCUCAGUUUGUAACAGUGCACCUGGUUCUGGUCCUAGUUCUCCGAACAGUUCAAACAAUAUUCCUGCUGAGAAUGGAACAACUGGCUCUGUACCCAAUAUUCAUUCUGAGCAUAUGCAUCCACAUCACAAAGCAGUGAACGCUGAUGGAUCAGCAAGUCAGCUGAGUCUCUAUACAUCUCCUUCACUACCUAACAUUUCCCUUGGGCUCCCAGCUACAGUCACAGUAUCCAAUGCACAGAUCAAUGCAUCACAAAAGAUGUCAGCCCAACAAGAAGCAGAAAGGCAAGCUAUUCAGUCUUUGCGUCAGGGUGGUGCCUUAACAGGGAAGUUCGUGAGUACCACCUCGCUACCAUCAGGUUUGCCCACAACGGCAGUUGAAGGAGAAACCAACGCUCACAGCCACCCCUCGCUUCUUCAACACGUGCUGCUUCUCGAGCAAGCUCGUCAGCAAAAUGCUUUGAUAGCUGUGCCUCUCCAUGCACAAUCACCUUUGGUGACGGGUGAGAGAGUUUCCACCAAUCUUCGAACAGUAAACAAGUUGCCUCGGCACCGCCCGCUAAGUCGUACCCAAUCUGCUCCUCUACCCCAGAGUCCCCAGGCUUUGCAGCAGCUAGUGAUGCAGCAACAACACCAACAGUUCUUGGAGAAACAGAAACAGUACCAACAACAAAUCCAACUUAAGAUGCUUUCCAAGUCAAGUGAAUCUCCUCGGCAACCUCCAAUUCACCCUGAAGAGACUGAAGAAGAGUUGUGUGAGCAACAGGACAUGCAGGAAGAUCAGGCACCUGCAAGUAGCAGCAGCAUCAAUUCUGGAGGAAGUGAAGCAACAAAUGACAUUCUUGAACAGGAUGCAAUGCAGGUGAAGGAUGAACCACCAGAUAGUGAAGAGGAAGAUCAACUAGAAGAUCAGAAAGAAGGUGAAGAACAAAUUCCGCAUUUUAAUCAGCAGCAAUUCUUGGACCAGCAACGCAUGCAACAGCUUCAUGUGUAUCAGGCUUCUGUAGCUAUGGGAAGUAUGUCUGUGACAGACAGGCAUCAACCACUCUGCAGAGCCCAGUCCUCCCCAGCAACUGCAAACUUAAAAAAUCCUGGCAAUGAGAAACCUAUCAAGCACCUUUUCACUACUGGUUUAGUCUAUGACACUUUCAUGUUGAAGCACCAGUGCACUUGUGGGAACACUAACAACCAUCCAGAACAUGCAGGGCGAAUACAGAGUGUCUGGUCCAGGCUUCAGGAAACAGGGUUACUUAACAAGUGUGAGCGAAUCCGGGGUAGAAAAGCGACUUUGGAUGAAAUUCAAACAGUGCAUUCAGAACACCACACAUUGUUAUAUGGCACCAGCCCUCUGAACAGACAGAAGCUGGACAGUAAGAAGUUGCUAGGGCCUAUUACACAGAAGAUGUAUGCACUGCUACCCUGUGGUGGACUUGGGGUGGAUAGCGACACUGUCUGGAAUGAAAUGCAUUCAUCUAGCGCUGUCCGCAUGGCUGUUGGCUGCGUUGUUGAACUCUCAUUCAAGGUGGCUUCAGGGGAGCUCAAGAAUGGUUUUGCUGUUGUCAGACCGCCAGGACAUCAUGCAGAAGAAUCCACUGCAAUGGGAUUUUGCUUUUUCAAUUCCGUUGCAAUUUCUGCAAAACUACUUAAGCAAAAACUUAACGUUGGAAAAAUCUUAAUUGUGGAUUGGGAUAUUCACCAUGGAAAUGGUACACAGCAGGCUUUCUAUAGUGACCCUAACGUGUUGUACGUUUCUCUUCAUCGGUAUGAUGAUGGAAAUUUCUUUCCUGGCAGUGGUGCCCCAGAUGAAGUUGGAACAGGACCUGGAGUCGGAUUUAAUGUCAAUAUUGCUUGGACAGGUGGUGUGGAUCCCUCUAAUGGAGAUGUAGAGUACUUGACAGCUUUCAGGACGGUAGUGAUGCCCAUUGCCAAUGAAUUUUCUCCUGACGUUGUGCUGGUAUCUGCUGGCUUUGAUGCUGUGGAAGGCCAUCCCUCACCACUCGGUGGAUACUCCGCGACAGCCAAGUGUUUUGGCUACCUGACCAAACAGCUGAUGAAGCUAGCUGCAGGACGUGUGGUUCUUGCUUUGGAAGGAGGACAUGAUCUCACUGCCAUCUGUGAUGCAUCCGAGUCCUGUGUUUCAGCCCUGCUGGGUAAUGAGCUUGAUCCUCUUCCACAAGAAAUACUUCAACAAAAACCCAACACAAAUGCUGUUGCAUCACUAGAAAAAGUCAUAGAAAUUCAGAGUAAACACUGGAGUUCGGUGAAGCGCUAUGCUUCUACUGUAGGCUACUCGCUGCUAGAAGCCCAAAAGCAUGAAAAAGAAGAAGCAGAAACUGUUACAGCAUUAGCCUCUCUGUCAGUAGACACUGCACAAAGCAAUUCUGAACCAGAGGCCAGGCAGGGAGAUGAACCAAUGGAAGAAGAGCCAGCAAUGUAAAGUGCCAAUGGUCAUAUUAUUGUCACCUGUGUGAAUCUUUCUUGUAACCUCCUUUAAAGUCUAUCAGACAUACAGUGUCCAUUGUCUGCCUCUGACAGUGUUAUUGUAUUGAACUUGAACUGUUGUGAAAAACAUCUAGUCUUCAAGCUAGAUUCACGAGCCAAUCUGUCUGUAUUUGAAGACCUGAAAUUGGAAGAGUUUAAAGGGACACCGCAGCUUUGUAUUUCUUCAAAGUUCAUCUGUUCUCCCUUAAGGGAGAAUAAUGUUUUAAAGGUUACAAAACACUUGAGGCUUUGAUUUCAGAUCUCUAGCCUAAGUGCAGUGGUAAGAUGUGAACGUUUGAAAUGGUUAUAAGAGUUGAUAAGUCUGCUUCCAAGAGGAUGUUGAAAAGCAGGAAAGAAAAAAUGAUGGAGAGGAAGCAGCAUAAUAAUUUUGUCAUGAGAAUUGAAAGGAAAUUUGUGCCUUUUUCAAAAAAAAGUAGUUGAAACUCACAACUUCAUUUUUAAAUGCCUUAAUUUACAUCAGUGAAAUACUGCUGUUGGUUUUUGGAACAUAGUCAAAGAUGACAUGAUCACCCAAUUUAAAAAUCUUCAGCUACUUUUAAUCACAUUGAUGAACAAUACCCCUCUCUGUAUAAACUUUAGGUUUGAUUUAUUUAUUUCUUUUUUGUAAUAUUUCUUAAACCUUAUUUGUGAAUUUGCUGAUGACCAAUUGUUAUCUUGAUUUUUGUUUUUUGUUUAG